CCGCCAGCCAUGGCCGAGACCUCUAAGCUGCAGCUGUUUGUCAAGGCGAGCGAGGAUGGGGAGAGCGUGGGCCACUGUCCUUCCUGCCAGCGCCUCUUCAUGGUCCUGCUCCUCAAGGGCGUGCCUUUUACACUGACCACGGUGGAUGUGCGGAGGUGCCCGGAUGUGCUAAAGGACUUCGCCCCUGGCUCGCAGCUGCCCAUCCUGCUCUAUGAUGGCGAUGCCAAGACGGACACGCUGCAGAUUGAAGAGUUUCUGGAGGAAACCCUGGGACCCCCCGACUUCCCCAGCCUGGCACCACGCUACCGGGAGUCUCCCACCGCCGGGAAUGACGUCUUCCACAAGUUCUCAGCGUUCAUAAAGAACCCUAUACCGGCGCAGGACGACGCCCUGUACCAGCAGCUGCUGCGCGCACUGCUCCGGCUGGACGGCUACCUGCGUGCGCCCUUGGACCACGAGCUGCAGCGAGAACCGCAGCUGCGUGAGUCACGCAGACGCUUCUUGGACGGCGAUCAGCUCACGCUGCCUGACUGUGGGCUGCUGCCCAAGCUGCACAUAGUGGACACGGUGUGUGCGCACUUCCGCCAGGCGCCCAUCCCCAGAGAGCUGCGGGGCGUCCGCCGCUACCUGGACUGCGCACUGCAGGCAAAGGAGUUCAAGUACACAUGUCCACACAGUGAGGAGAUCCUGUCAGCCUACCGAGCGGCCGUGCGGCCCCGCUAG